AGAGAAGAGGAUAACGAGUUAACGAUGACCAAAGGAAAAAUGAACGAGUCUCGUCUCUCACGGUCGCGUUCUAAUUCCAAGGAGUUUGGUUCCUUUCACUCUCUUGCAUUUUCAAUUUGCGACGUGGCUCUUCCUUGUCCUUGUCUUUAUAAAGCCUUCUCCAACUCCUCCUCCUCUUCGACCAACCCCCCGGGGAAAAAAGAAAACUUUUUCCUUAACCAUGGCGAAGAUUUCACUGGCAAUCGGCUUAACAACUCUGUUUACUGCUUUGGGAUUUCUCAUGGUGGCUACCCUUAGUUAUACGAUUUUCAAGGAUGGCCUCCCAUUUCGUAAAGAGCUUCUCACACCGUGGAUGGUGGCGACUUUGAUUGAUUUCUAUAUUAAUGUUGUAGCUUUGGCGUUUUGGGUUGCUUACAAGGAAUCAAACUGGAUCAGCUCAAUUUUGUGGAUAAUUUUGCUUAUAGGCCUUGGAAGCAUUGCUACAUGUGCCUAUAUUGUUGUGCAAUUCUCAAAGCUGUCAUCUCAAGAAUCUUCACAAGAUCCUAUAUAUUAUGUUCUGAAGAAUCCAAACAAGAAUGGUGAAGAAGCAGGGCAGAAAAGGCAGCACUCGUCCGUUGUGACUCUGAGAAUUCUUUUUAUAGUUUUGGGUUUUUUCAUGUUAGGGACUUUGGUGUACACUCUCAUCACUGAUGGUUCCCCUUUCCGAAUGGAACUUUUCACUCCGUGGAUGACAGCAACACUUAUUGACUUCUAUAUCAAUGUUGUGGCUCUAGCAGUGUGGGUUGCCUACAAAGAGUGUAGUUGGAUUUCUGGAGUCUUUUGGAUAGUUCUAUUGAUAUCUUUUGGCAGCGCCACAACAUGCAUCUACAUCGUGUGGAAGUUAUUCCAGAUUACUUGCCAAGAUCCUGUUUACCUGAUCUUAGUGCGUCGCUGUGGUGACAGGGCAGAAAACAAGUAUAACAGGCUUUCUGGGGAGGCAGCAUAGCAUUGGAGCUGGAUUUUUCAUGAGCAAGAAGUGUUUAAGCCCUAGCAGCUAUAUGGUAUGGUGUUGCAGUUGAGACAACAGUGGUUUAUUGCCGAUACAAGUUUAACAUGUGGAAUUUGCUUCUCCUAAUUUAUAAUGGGAGAGACAGUCCCCAAGAGCAUACUGUCACGCCAGAUCAUAGAAAAUUGGUGUAGUCCAUGAAAUUGAUUGAUUAUACUACAAACGAGAUCUUAUAAUUAAAACCGGAGGUAAUAUAUAUGUAGCAUAUAGAAUACAUAGAUAUGAAAACUUGUUUGAGCAGUGACGAUAAUUUUUCAAAUUAAAUUCGACAAAAAUAUGGUUGGCUACUGUUUAA